GACAUGGCGCCCUAGGCCGAUGGGUACGUGUGCACGUAACAUUCCCAUCUCAAUGCAGGGCCGGUGGAAUCGUUGGCCGUCUAAUGCAAGUAGACAUGUCCGGCCCUUGUUGCCAGACUGGUCCAGAGGAGAAUGAUCCCAGUACGCUGCGCGCGAUGUGGGCAUUCCUUCAGCGGUGCCGGUACGUUAUGCCAAGGUUGUGGCCACGGCGUUACUAAAUACUGCGCCGUGUCCGGAAAAUACGCAUCGUUGAUUGCGACCUGACAACACCUAUUCGCAAUCGUCUCUGGUCCAUCACUUCACGCUCGCGUCCGAAUAUAUAUGAACCCGCGCACUCUCCUCGAGGAAACCGCGUUACACCCGACAUGCCGUUCUACCCGACCCACCUCACCGUACUUCAAACAGCUGCUAUCUUACAUCCCUCAGCUAAUGCUUUCCGUGUCCCGGAGGUAGAGACGGGCACCAACACCAUCCGCAGCUGGCGCGCGAUUACCUACUCGCAGUUCCUUCGCGAUGUCGAACAUACCGCAGCAUAUUGGACGGAAGUGCUGACGGCUGAGGGCGUCCAUCCCCCUUCUGUCGUAGGUCUCUGGCUUAGCGGGAUGACUUACGUCGACGCCCUGCACAUCUACGGCAUAUCUAGGGCAGGAUAUGUGCCGCAGCUCAUGUCGCUCCGCCUCCCGAACCCCGACGUCAUCCUCGAGCUACUAGAGCAAUCGGGAGGCAGAGCACUCAUCUACGACACCUCGUUCUCUGCGGUAGUGCGUCCAGGGUCCGUCCCGAUGCAUGUCGCCGUCGACCCACGCGAUAUCACCGUGUCCGACGUGCCCCUACCGCCGAUCGAAGAGGGCUCACGCAGCGAGGAUCCUGUGAUGAUCUUCCACACGUCGGGGUCUACGUCGGGUCGCCCGAAGUUGGUGCCAUGCAGUCACUCGUGGUGGGCGAACAUGAUGGCGAAGGCAGCGACCGUUUUGCGUCCGAAGCGCUCCCAACCUGACGCCCGAGACGUUUUCGUCUGGAUGGGAAGCCUUUGCCACAUGGCACAAGCCUUCAUGCUCGUCGGUACCCUCCAGCACGGCUCCUGCAUGGUUCAGAGCACGCAACAAGCGUACCCGACGGAGGAAUUUCUGGACAUGGUCAACCGCUGUGGAGUUACCCGUGUCAACAUCUUCCCCCCUCUGCUCGCGGUCCACCUUCGUAACUCUCGCAAGGAUCCUGUGGUCCUUGCGGCACUGCAGGGCCUUGAUCAAAUUCUCAUCGCUGGUCUCACGAUGUCGCAGGAAGACCAGCAGUGGGUCCAAAGUCAGGGCAUCAAAGUCUUGGACUGCUACGCCAGCACGGAGGUAGCCAUCAUGAUGACAUCCGAUCGGGGCGUCGAGGGUAACAGGCUGCCCCCGUUGCGACCAAACAGUGGUGGCUCUUACAAGUUCAUGCCCAUCAUACCGGCCGCCGCCGCCUCAGAGUCUGGCUACCAAAAUAUCCACGCCCACCUGGUCGAGCUCAUCGUAUUGGCGGACUCCCCGGACUGUCCUGACGUGUCUCUACGCCACGCAGACGGGGACUAUCACACGGGUGACCUGUUCUUGGAGGUGGCUCCGGGCGGAUAUGUUUUCUGCGGCCGCGACGACGACUGGAUCAAAAGCGAGAACUCGCUGCGCUGCGAUACCAAGGCCAUCGAGGACAACGUUCGCAUUGUGUGCGACGACCUUGUCAGCAACUGCGUCGUCGUCGGGAAUGGCAGGCCGACCCCCGCGCUCUUCGUCGAGCCCGCGAGAGACGGUGACGCACAAAAAUUGCGGCAGGAGAUUUUCCGGAGGAUUAGGCCCUUCCAUGCACGUCGCUAUCUCCACGAGCGCGUAGCAUCUGCCGACUCUAUUUUCGUCGUGGACCGAGGUGUGCUUCCCCGCACGGCGACGAAGGGAAACAUCAGGAGACGCGCGGUAGAGCAGGCGUUCAAAGCUGAGCUUGAUCGCCUGUUUGGGGUGGUGCAUUAAUUCUUCGCCUUCUAAUGAUAAAGUUAUUGGUAAUACUAAUGUCGAACUGCGUCCUUUCUUGGUCAUCUAUGCCACACGAGCUACCCCUACAUCCUUUGUUCUGCUUCUACCAUAUUAAUUUCCACCAUAUUCAUAUUGCCGAAGCACUUUCUUGGAUCAGACAGCGUAAUAUACUCUCCCGAAUGCGUCCCUCAAUGUAUCUACUGCGACAGAUUGGCCCUAAUAUUACAUUGACCCAUCA